CAUGUGUACCGCUUACCUACUUCAAACCGCGUGGUCACCGUCGUUGUUGCCGUUCCAACAAGGAAGGGGCGUCCAAAUCAACAAAAAGAAAGAGACUCAUCAAUAGCGAUCACUAGUCUGGUAAAAUCUUUUGCAGCGUUCAGUUCAUCCCCAAAAUCCAUCACGGGAGUAAGAGAGAAAGAGAGGUCCCAUCAAGAGUACACUUAGCAAUCAUGUGUAAAUCACUCGUCCUGAUUGCUCUGUUGGUCUGCGGAGUCUAUGCCGCCAACGAUGACGAUUACUUUGACUUCACCUGCCCUCGGGAAAACGGACAGUACGAGGAUCCUUAUCAAUGUGACAAAUACUACGAAUGUCAGGAUGGGCGCCCAACGGAAAAGCUUUGUCCCGAUGGCUUAGUGUUUGAUCCUACCAGCAAACUACCGAGCAAAUGCGAUCAACCAUUCAACGUGGAUUGCCAGCAGCGUAAAGAACUGCAGGAACCAAAACCGAUUGGAGCUUGUCCGCGACAGAAUGGUUUCUUCGCCCAUCCAGACUCAUCGAUCUGCAAUGUGUUCUACAACUGCGUCAACGGACGGGAACUUGAGAUGACAUGCGUAGCCGGUCUUCACUUCAACACAGAAACCGGCACCUGUGUCUGGCCGGAUAUGGCCAAUCGCGUUGGCUGUGGAAGCAAUGCCAACAAAAAACUAGCGGACGGAUUCCAGUGCCCGAAAGACUACCCGAAGGCGGAUAAAAACGGACAAAGCAUCACUCAUCCCAACUUCCCCCACCCAGAAGACUGCUCCAAGUUUUACAUCUGUCUGAACGGCGUCGAACCCAGACAGGGCACGUGUGAUCCCGGUCUGGUGUACAACGAGGACCUCCAGCGAUGUGACGAACCGGAGAACGUUCCCGCAUGCCGAAAAAGCGACGGAAAACUAGAUAUGGUUUCUUCAAUUUUGCGAAGACUAGUUUACAUAAGAGAUAACACCGUAGAGUCAUAAGAAUUAUAAGUUUUAUAAACUAAAACAGUCAUUCGUACCUUCGCUUUGAACAGAGAUUUAUUUACAAAUAUAUGUUAGGAAUUUUGUUAAUUUAAA